GCGGGAUCCUGGAGACUUCCGGCGGCCCAGCCAAUCGGCGCACAGCGGAGCGGCGGCCGGAGUGGAGCGGAGGGAGCCGAGAGUCGCUGCUGCCCCCAGUGCCGCCCCAGGGGCGUGGAGGGCAGGGGGCGGCCUAGUCCGCGGUUGCAGCUAUGGCUCAAAACACAGACGGCCAAAACCCGUUCGCCGAGCCCAGCGAACUUGACAACCCUUUCCAGGACCCAGCUGUGAUCCAGCACCGGCCGAGCCCGAGCCCGAACUAUGCCACGCUCGACGUCUACAACCCUUUUGAGACCCGAGAGCAGCCACCAUCAACCUACGAGCCUCCUGCCCCUGCUCCAGCCCCAUUGCCUCCGCCCUCAGCUCCCCCGCAGUCCUCGAGAAAGCUCAGCCCGUCAGAACCCAAGAACUAUGGCUCCUACAGCACCCAGGCUUCCGCCGCGGCAGCCACGGCAGAGCUGCUCAAGAAGCAAGAGGAGCUCAACAGGAAGGCGGAGGAGCUGGACCGGAGGGAGCGGGAGCUGCGGCACGCUGCCCUGGGGGGCAAAGCCACUCGACAGAACAAUUGGCCCCCUCUGCCUUCUUUCUGCCCCGUCCAGCCCUGCUUUUUCCAGGACAUCUCCAUGGAGAUCCCACAGGAAUUUCAGAAGACAGUGUCCACCAUGUACUAUCUCUGGAUGUGCAGCACUCUGGCUCUUCUCCUGAACUUCCUCGCCUGCCUUGCCAGCUUCUGCGUGGACACCAGCGGGGGCACAGGCUUUGGGCUCUCCAUCCUCUGGAUCAUCCUCUUCACUCCCUGCUCCUUCGUCUGCUGGUACCGCCCCAUGUACAAGGCUUUCCGGAGCGAUAGUUCGUUCAAUUUCUUCGUUUUCUUCUUCAUUUUCUUCGCCCAGGAUGUGCUUUUUGUCCUCCAGGCCAUUGGCAUCCCAGGCUGGGGGUUCAGUGGCUGGAUCUCCGCGCUGGUGGUGCUGAAGACCAACACGGCUGUAGCUGUGCUCAUGCUGCUGGUCGCCCUGUUCUUCACUGGCAUCGCCGUGCUGGGAAUCGUGAUGCUAAAGCGGAUCCACUCCUUGUACCGCAACACAGGUGCCAGCUUCCAGAAGGCCCAGCAAGAAUUCGCAGCCGGUGUCUUCUCCAAUCCUGCGGUGCGAACCGCAGCUGCCAACGCAGCCGCUGGGGCUGCUGAAAAUGCCUUCCGGGGGCCGUGACCCCGACGGAUGCCCUGGCCCUGCCACCUGGGGGCUCUCGUAGCCCCGCCCGAGGUCUCUGGGACUUGUGAGACAGAACUAUUUGGUGUCUCCUGUGUCGUGCCCCCGACCCCGCAGCUGUGGCUGCCGAACCUGAUUUAGGGGUCGGGGAACCCGCUGUGACCCAGUCACUGCUCUGCCUACACCCCACUGCCCAAUCAGGCCACUCCGCUGCCAACCCCUUACACUCCCCCCACCCAGCUUCCCUCUGCUGUGCCAAGGCUGUUGCUUCAAUUAUUUAAAUAAAAAGAAAGUGGAACUGGAACUCA